AUGUCUUUGAGUAAAAAACUUGGUUCGAUUUUUACCUCAGAAACUCGUAAUUUGUCACCAAAAGUGGAAAAAUGGCUCGUAAAAAAAUCUGCGGGAGAAAAAGCAAAAACAGUAGAUAAAUCACAAACAUCAACAGAAAUAACACAACCCUCAACAGAAAUAACCAACGCAUCACAAUCAUCAAAAUACCCAACUUUAAGAGAACGUAAGAUGCUAAAAGAUGGUCUCACAUUGCAACAUUUCAUAUUAAAACCUCAAGUAUUACAAUUAUAUAAAGAAAUUCUAGCGACUAUAGAAUGGAUGGAUGACCCACAAGCCGCUAAAGAACUUAGAAUAUGGGUCAGGCAGGAAUUCGAAAGAUACAGGCAUGAAAAAGAUAUACAAAUUAUGACAAAUACAACAACGUCGACUCCCUUUAUUUUACCUAUCAUUAAUUUGGGUCUUUACCUAGACGACAAAAAUUCAACGAAAGCAAUAGAAGAGUGCAAAAAGACGGCAAAUGCAUUACGCGAUUAUGGCGCGUUACUGGUCAAAGAUCCACGUGUAACUGAAGAAGAUAAUGCGCGAUUCUUGGAUUUAGUGGAGGAUUACUUUGCACAGCCAUUCGAUAUUAAAUUGCAAGAUGCGCGUCCAGAAUUCGGAUAUCAAGUUGGGGUGACACCUGAAUUUACCGAGGAACCUAAAUGCAAGCGAGAUCCUCAUUGUCAAGAUGUUAUUGCAAAGAUUCCAGUUUCGAACAAACCAUUGGAAUUCGUAGGACCAGAUCCGAAAUGGAGAUUCUUUUGGCGAAUUGGAGGGCAGCCUAAGCAAACUAAAUUUCCAAGAUUGAAUGCAGACCCGGUGAUUCCAGCUGCAUUCAAAGAUGAAUGGCCAAAGACCAUGGAUACUUGGGGAGCUCAAAUGCAUCAAGCAGUCUUGGGAAUCACAGAAAUGGCGUCAGCUGGAUUCGGUAUGGACGCGAAUACAUUACCCGAUAUGACUAAAUUUGGUCCUCAUUUACUUGCACCGACUGCAAGUGAUCUUGAAAAAUUUGGGAAAGUAGGGACUGUUUUGGCUGGAUUUCAUUACGAUCUGAAUUUUUUAACCAUUCAUGGCAAAUCACGUUUCCCUGGAUUAAAUAUAUGGCCACGAAACGGCGCAGAAAAAAUCGCGGUUCGAGUACCAGAUGGACAUUUGUUGGUUCAAGCAGGUAAGCAAUUCGAAUGGUUAACCGGUGGUGAAGUCAUGGCUGGAUAUCACGAAGUAGUGGUGACUGAAGACACGCUCAAGACUAUUGAAAAGGUAAAAAUUACACGUCCGGAUCGACCUCUUUGGCGUAUUUCGUCGACUUUCUUCCUGCAUAUUGCAAGCGAUGAAUUAUUGAGACCUUUGAAACCGUUUAAAGGAGAUCCCAUCCGUUAUCCUCCUACUUUAGCGGGUGACCAAGUCAAAUAUGAAUUGGGUCUCAUAGAGUUAAUGAAAUCAUAA